UCGUUAUGGUUACUAUUUAUAUGUUUAAGGUUUCAUUUGCUAGUUUUUGUUGUUGGUGGUGGUUUUGGAAAAUCAACGACAAAGCGAUUCAUCGAUGUUACGAUACAUAUUAAUUAUUACCGUCAUAUUAAUAGUGGCCGUUGUAUUUAAUCAACGAUAUAAUAAUCAAAAACAAGAAAGACGUCGAAUGGCGAUUCCUUUCGAAACACCAUCGACGUCAGUAAUGCUAAAUGAUGAUGAUGAUGAUGAUGAUGAGGAGGAGGAGGAUAAUUUGAGACAAUUAGGUAUAUCCGAAUCACUUAUAACAGCCAAUGAUGAUGAUGUGAACGAUUUGGAUGAUUAUUGUCAUACCAUUUGUCAGCUACAUCAAUGUGUUACUGGCCGUCAGGAUUUACAAGGCGAGAAUCAAUGCGUGUGUUAUGAGGAUGAUGGUCAACAACGGUGUGAAAUUCAAUCUUAGAAUCUGUUAGUUUGUUGAAAAAAGAUGGUCUAAUAAAU